AUGUUUUUAAAUCAUGAGGUUGCUCAACCACAAGGCAGCAUGGAUCCUGAAUAUGUUUUUGAACAUGAAGACGUGCCUUUGGAUGAUCAAACGAUUGCUAUAAUGGAUUUUGGUGAUCUUACAUCAUCACAGUUGGAUUCGCCUUUCGCUGAUACCCCAAAUUUAACUUGCUCGGAGUGUAAUAAAACUUUUGCACACCAGAGAAGCUUGACAAGACAUAUUGAAGUGCAGCAUUCAAUAUCAAGACACAUUUGCGCCAUAUGCAAAAAGGAGUUUUCCCGAAAGGAUAGUUUAAUGAGGCAUAUGAAAACGCAUUCAGAACCCCAGACAUCCAUGCCAUCUCGCUCAGUGAAACGAGCAGCUUCCCCCGCCACCCUGCCUGCCCCUAAACGACCACGGCAAGAACGCCCACCCUGCCUUGGUACGUUUGCUACAGAAAUCAUUUAUCCCAGUGAAGACACCAAAACAGAUUUGCAAGUAUUUUUAGAGUCUUCAAAAACUGAUAUCGCUAGCAAGAUUCGAGAAGCUGCCACACAGCAUCAAGGUAUCAAAUGGUACUUGAAUGCUUCUGUGAAGAUGGUCAGAAAAGUGUCAGAGACCGAGGAGGAGACAUGCAUCCCUUACUUUCGAUCCAGAUGCUGUACUACGCUCACGGGAGAAAUGCCCGAUAUGCAAGCAGCUUUUGAAAAGGUAAGAAAGUUAAUUUUAUGUGAAUUUUAAUUUAUUUUAAAAUGUGUGUAAAAUUAGUAAUACUCAUGAAAUGUUUUACAGGCGCUGGAUUCCUUGGACAAAUUUCUGAAAAAAGGUUCAGGAUGGGUUUUAGACUCCGUCCAAUAUCUGGAGCUCAAGAUCGC